UACUGUCUGCCAUCUUUGAUUGUGCGACAGGCCGCGGCGCGAGCGGGGCCUCACACAACUAGAGAAACGGUCUAACACGAGAUAACGGGUGGGAAUAGACACGGGACUAAGGCACGACCGCGUACUGGUUCCCACAGUAACGGCCGAACAAACAAGGACAGACUGGCGGCUCGGAAAAGCGCAGAAGACGUGAAACGGUAGCCGUGCAUGUGGAGAGCGGUUGGUUGGCAGUCAACGAGCAAAGUGGCUAACCAUCGUUAGCUGAACUGGGUUAGCAGGCUAGCCAGCUUUUGUAAUCCGCCGGCUAGACACAUUCGUCCACCACAAACCAGGCCGAAACCGGAUUUCAAGUCAGGCCGCACAACCGCCGAAAGGACAAAGAAGGCACCGCCGGUGGCAGGAGGCUGGUUCUGGGGGCGAGGCCAAAGGACCAGACUCAAUGAGUUUCCAGCGACAUGUCCGAGAAGUCAGGGCAGAGCACCAAGGCAAAGGAUGGCAAAACAAAGUAUGCAACCCUUAGCCUCUUCAACACCUACAAGGGCAAAUCUCUGGAAACCCAGAAAACUGCAGUGGCUGCUAGACAUGGGCUCCAAAGUUUGGGCAAAGUUGCUGCCAGCCGGCGCAUGCCCCCUCCGGCCAACUUGCCCAGCCUGAAGGCAGAGAACAAGGGAAACGACCCCAACGUCAACAUUGUCCCCAAAGACGGUAGUGGCUGGGCAUCUCGACCUGAGGGAGCGGAGGAGAGGCAACAGGAGACACCCCCACCCCAGAUCAAACCAGCAGUGCUCCAACCACAAGAGCCUUCUACUGGGGGCAGCCGCUCCUGGGCCAACAGCAAGUCAACACAGCCAGACGGAGCUCCUCGUGUGAGCAGCCAUUUUCACCAGGAGUUUCCCAGCUUGCAGGCGGCUGGUGAGGUUGAGAAAGGGGACGGUCAAGAAGAGGAGCCUUAUGGACCAGGCCCCAGCCUCCGACCUCAAAAUGUUGGCAGUUGGCGAGAGGGUGGAGGCAGGAAUUUGAUAACUGCACCCAGUCCCUCUGAGAUGGACAACAGGUCCCCGGAGGAGGGUAGUACGGGCCUUGGUACCUCUACACCACCAGAGGAAGCUGAUGAGUCUGGGCGAAACGUAACCACUGACGUUCAGAGGGAGAAGAGGGAUGGUAAGGAGAGAUUGCCUCCCUCUGCCCUCCCUCAGGCUAAACUUAACGGGGGGCAGCAGCCUCCUGCUGGGGUGCCAACUCACUUUGACCCUGCUUUCAGGAGCAUGAUGCCACCCUACAUGUUCCACGCCUAUCCUCAAAUGACUUUGGGCCCAGGACAAGGAAACUUCAGAUACCCUGUACCACAAGAUGGAGCAAAGGUUGUCAGGGCUCCUCGUUCAGUACGACCCCAGCAGCAUCCCCCUCAGUCCUGGCACCAGGACCCAGACAGACCCUCUAUCAUCAGCGCAACAGAACUCAAAGAGCUGGACAAUUUAGACACUGAUGCUGAUGAGGGCUGGGCAGGAGCUCAGAUGGAGGUGGACUACACUGAGAAACUAAACUUCAGCGACGAUGAGGAGAACCAAGCUGCUAAAGAGAAAAGAGAAAACUGGGAGUGGAUGGGUAAAGUGGAGCGUAUAAGAUCUCGGCCACAAGACGGUCAGGACGGCUGGAAGGAGGGUACUGAGGACCGUGGGGGCAAUAAAACCUCAUGGGCCGAUGGUGAUCCCAGAGCGCCCUCACCUGGCAGUAUGGGGCAGUUCAAUAAGUCAGCAGCUCCACAGGACUACCAGGGUGGCAGUCGCUCUGUUACUAGCGGAGCUCCACGUGUAACCAAACCACAGGCGGCACCGGCACCUGGUGCCGAUGAAGACCCCGAGGCCUGGCGGCAGAAGCGCAAGAAGGCUCCAGAAAUUUCUGAAGCUGUAGAACGAGCGAGACGGCGGAGAGAAGAAGAGGAACGGCGGAUGGAAGAACAGCGGCUUGCUGCUUGUGCUGAAAAAUUAAAACGUCUCAAUGAAAAACACCGGCAGACAACUGAGGGCAAAUCUGCCCUUGCUCAGACCACUGAUGAAGCAGGAGCUGCUCAAGAGGAAGAGUCCUCAUCAGCUCCCGCUCCUGUGUCCAGUCUUGUACCUUCAAUCCCAGUUUCACAAUCACAAGCUCCAAUCAUGCAAGCUUCUCUGCCUGAGAGGGUGGAGCUAGACAGGGAGAGGAUUGAGCGAGAACCAGAGAGCGUAGAACCAAGUGUAGAGGAGGAGGCUCACUUGCCUUGUCAGCCCAGCCCACCCCCCGUCCAGAGACCUGUGGCCACGGCUCCAGAGUCUCAGAGCGAGGGAGAGAUUACCGUGGUUGAGGUCAGCAACCUGUUGGAGGAGAACCAGGUCGACAGGACAACUGUGCCUAUUCGAGACUAUUUCAACAUAGAGGACAAUAGAGUGGAUGAGCCCCACCUGUCUCUGCCUCACAUGGACAGCCCCAGUGGUGAGGAAGUCCCUGUUGCACCACCACAGCUGGAAGGAGAGGCAGCAGCUGCUAUGCGUCCCUCUCUCACUUCAGGCUAUUCCAAACAGUUUCAAAAAUCUUUGCCUCCUCGUUUCCUUAGACAGCAGGAGCAGAUGAAGCAGCAACAAUGGCAACAACAACACCAGAGUGGGGGCUCCGUGUCCCCAUCAGGUAGUGGUGGCGUUCCAGCUCCCCAACAGCAGCAACACCGCUCCAUGUAUCAACCCAUUGGCCCCCACCCCCAGCACUUGGCCUCCAUGGGGUUUGACCCCCGCUGGCACCUCAUGAUGCAGUCCUAUAUGGACCCCCGAAUGAUGUCAGGACGUCCUCCUAUGGACAUGCCAACUAACAUUCACCCUGGGAGAAUGACUCCUAAGCAGAUUGUGCGCAGAGAGCCUGGUGACAACUCAAGCUCCAGCUCUGACUCUUUUGACCAUUUGACCCGACCCAUUCGUGACCAUGGCCUGCCGUCAGAUUCGCGGAUGGUAUGGGGAUCGGACCCAUACCCACAGUCGGAGACGUUACCCUCUGUAACUCCUCCAAAAGGAAGAGAUGAUAACAAGGAGCCAAGGAUGGACUCUGGUUUGGAUCUGGACAGAGGUCUUCCAGCUAUGUAUCCCCAGGACCACAGUGCAUUGGACUCUCAUAAAAAUAACUUUUUCCAGGACCCUACUGAGUCCCUGUCAGUGUUUACCCAGGGCCCAGAGGAUGCAUCAGGGCCUCUAGACAGGGUCCCUGUAGUCCCAGCCUUUGAUCCUGAGGAGCCAGGCUUACCCAGUGGGGAAGAAGUAGAAGCUCUUGGUCAAGCUAUGCUCCAGAGGAGCGUCUCCCAGGGCUCAAGCCACUCCCUCAAGCUAGAUGAACCCAGGUUUGAUGUGCUACCCCUGGGAACAAAACCAAUAGAGCUACAGGACACAGGAGAACGGGCUGAGGAUAAGCCCCAGAAUGAACUCUACCCCCAGGCUGUGGUGACUAGCAACCGGGCUACACCUCCUGCUGAAGGAUUACACAAACAAGAGAAGCUGCCUCUGCCAGCCCCUAUCAAACAGAAAGCUGAGUUGCGCUGGGGUGGAAGAUCAGGCCCUGGGCGCAGGGAAGGACCAGGGGGAGAGAGACCUGUUCGCAGGUCUGGGCCAAUAAAGAAGCCUGUCCUAAGGGACAUGAAAGAAGAGAGAGAGCAAAGAGAAGAGAGGGAGAAGCGUCACGAGAGAGGGGACAGAGGAGACCGGUCCAAAAAGGAUCAGUCAUCCAAAGCUCCUUCUGCAUCUGCUGCUGCUGCUGCUGUGUCUGAGGGCUCCAAACCUCCGGGGGAGGAAAAGAGAGAAACUGCUGAGGAGACACCGAUUGGCCAUCAGAGAGUCCGAGACUCCCAGCCUUUAUCUGGGGCUCCCGCUUCUUCCUCUCAGGAGGAGAAAGCAGACAAACCGCCCAGCAAUGACAAACACCCAGAACCCAAACUGCCCUCUAGGAAAGAGUCCAAUCUUCCUCCACGUGCCUACCGACGAGAUGAGAGAGAGAGGGAACGUGAGAGGGAGAAGGAAAUGGACAAGGACAGAGAUAGAGAUAAAGAGUGGCCUGCAGACUCAAGUUUUAAAGCUCGUGGUAGAGGGGAGUAUUACUCCAGAGGACGGAGCUACCGGGGGACUUACGGUGGCCGAAGCAGGGGGGGUCGUGGUCGAAGUCGGGCAGAGUACAAUUACAGAGAGCCCCGAUCACGCUCUGAUUUACCUUCUGUUGGAGGUGCUGCCGCAUUUCGCAACAGGGAAGAAAGUGAAACACGCAGUGAGAGCUCAGACUUUGAGGUUAUACCAAAACGUAGACGGCGCCGCGGUUCCGACACAGAUUCUGAAAGUGAAGGCGGAAGAGAAUCUGCCAGUGAUACUGGACCCUCUGACCGUGAGCCUAGCACCAAACCUAGCCGUCCAUUGAGACGAGAGCUCCCUGGGGAGGCCCGGUCUGGGCCCCACAAGCCAGGCUUUGGACCUCCUCACAUGGGGGAAAGAGUUGGACCCAGAGGGGACGAUGAAAGCCGACCCAAGCCAGGAUUCCUUCCUAAAGGAGAGCCUUCUCGGCGAGGAAGAGGAGGACUAUACAAUAGACGAGGUGGAGCCAGGGAACGCGGUGGGCCUCGCUCAGGCCCUCUUAGACGGCCAGGAGCUAGAGAGUCCUCUUCUCAGUGGCCCUGUAAACCCAUGGAGACAUUCAGGCCUGAGGACACUGAGUGCACACCAAGGUAUGACAAUCCUGCCGCUGACCGAAGACCCCCCAAGUCUGAUGGCAAGAAAUUUGGGGAUGGGGCUCCUCAGAGUAGUAGAGAAAGACCUCGUCGGUCCAGACCAGCACGGCCCCCGAGGCAAGAUAAACCCCCCCGGUUUAGGCGCUUGAAGGAGCGGGAGGCUGCAGUGUUAGCUAGUGGGGAAACGGCCCCAAGUCCCCCUGUCCCUCUAUUCCCAGUGCCUACUGCUGCUGUCCAUAGCUCUGCCCCAAGCUCUCAUUCCCAUUCCCCAACCCUGUCUAGAGCUCCAGGAGCCCCUGUAACUGUGCCUGCGGAAUUGGCAGCCACUAUGUCUGCACCCGACUUGUCCUCUCCUAUAGAAGCACCCUUGCCUGAGACCAGCAGCCCCACCAUCACUGCGGUUGGUACCAAGUCCCCUGACUUGUCCAACCAGAACUCUUCAGAUCAAGCCAAUGAGGAAUGGGAAACUGCUUCUGAGAGCAGCGACUUUAACGAAAGGAGAGAACGAGAAGAAAGGAAAGGAGCACUGGAGGCGGCUCAUGAAGCAGCCAGGGCCUCUGCCCCGGCACCUGCAGCACCUCAGGGCUCUUUGACCCCCAAUAAAAGCCCUCCUGAUGGAGGGGUGACUCAAAAACGGGAAGGGGCAGCAGCGGCCAAGAGAAGUUUCUCAAAUCAGAGGCCUACCGAGAGACCGAAUCGUAGAGGCAAUAGUGGAGCCAAACCAGGCCGGAGUUACGCAGGGGGCAAGGGGGAGAGGAGGGGCGGGGCCAAAGCUGGCCGCAAAGGCCCUGCAGCCCAGCAGAACUCAGAUGGGACAGCACAAACUGCUGGAGGACCAUCCCAAAGGCUUACAAAGGACCAGUCAGGCCGUCGUAAGGAUGAAGCCAAACAGGCCGCCAAGAAGCCCAAAGAGAAUGCUCUUUCUCAGUUUGAUCUUAACAAUUAUGCCAGUGUUGUGAUCAUUGAUGACCACCCAGAGGUCACAACCACAGAUGACCCACAGUCCAGCACCAAUGAUGACGGCUUCACAGAGGUAGUCUCCCGCAAGCAACAAAAACGCUUGCAGGACGAAGAGAAACGGAAAAAGGAAGAGCAGACUACUCAAAACUGGAGUAAAAAAGGCUCUGGUGAAAAGAGCAGGGGAGGUGGAGGAAAGCUGCCCCCAAGAUUUGCUAAAAAGCAAUCAUCCCAACAGCAGCAGCAACAUCAUCAACAGCAGCAACAGCAGCAGCAGCAGCAGCAACAACAACAGCAGCAGCAACAACAGCAGCAGCAGCAGCAACAACAACAACAACAACAACAGCACCAACAACAGCACCAACAACAGCAGCAGCAGCAACAACAGGCCUCACAGUCUCAGCCUCCGGUAGUCACCACAUCUCAGGCCCAACAGCAACCCUCUAUUUCGGUUCCCCAGCAUCCUCACCUUGCCCCCUCCCAGCCUACUGCGUCCCCUCAAACUCGGGAAGGAACAGUGGCUCCACUGUCUUCUAUCCCCCCUGCCACUGUGGACUUUACCUCUAAGAGCCUACCCCCCGCACCUACGCAGACACACAGCACUCUGGGUACAGAACUGUGGGAGAACAAGGUAGCAGGCGCCACUGUCCUUCCCGAUGUCAAGAAGCUUGGUCCAAUCAGCCCUCCCCAGCCACCAUCUGUGAGUGCCUGGAACAAACCUCUUACCUCCUUUACUGGCACGGUCUCCUCUGAGGGUGUGAAGCCUGGAGCAGAGGGCAGUGCGGAAUUGGCAAUAGACAGUAUUCAGUUUGGUGCACCAUCAUCUGCAGGCAGCACUGACAGUGAUGGAGUUCCAGCGAUGCUAGAAAGUGUCUCUGAAAACAAACUACCUGCUCCCAAAGAACAGAGACAGAAACAACCUCGAGCUGGCCCAAUCAAAACACAGAAGCUUCCUGAAAUGGAACCAGUGGAAACCAAGGAGUACAAGCCAGGUCCCAUUGGUAAAGAGCGCUCUUUAAAGAACCGCAAGGCCAAAGACGCACGUGGAGGAGAAGGCGAGGGGAUCAUGGAUGGAGGAGUCCCUGGAGGAGGCGUCAGUAGAGCCACAGACUCAAGUCCACCCACCAGUGACACCACAGUACCAGAGCUGGGAGGAGACAUCGAGGGAAUGAUCACAGUCCCUUCAGCAGAGUACAACAGUAAUUCUAAGGAGUCCGUCACUGACUACACCACCCCCUCCUCCUCACUGGCUGACAGUGUUUCUACAGGAGUGAACAAAAUAGAAGAGAGUUUGGUAGCAAAUGUGGCGCUACCCCACGCGUUGCCUCUUCCUCGACGAGAGACCCUGCAGCAGAGCUCCAGCCUCAGCACUGUAUCUCCUGCAACUGUUGACCUAACGCUAAAGAUGGAAUCGGCUCGUAAGGCGUGGGAGAACUCCCCGAGUCUGGAGAAAAAUUCUCCAGUCACUUCCUCUUCCUCCCCCAUCACCUCCUGUGCAUCCUCGUACUCUACCUUCUCCUCCGCCUCCAUACCACAGAUCCCUGUGGCUUCUGUUACCCCCAGCACCUCACUGUCAGGUUCUGCUACCUAUACAACAUCAUCCCUCAGCACCAAGACCACCACAGCCUCUGACCCCCCUAACAUCUGUAAGGUGAAGCCCCAGCAACUGCAAGGUGGAGGUCUGUCGUCCUCCAGCAGCAGCGGUAGUAGCAGCAGCUUCUCUCAGUUGGGCUGUGUGACUACCCUCCUGCCCCAGCAACAGCAGACCCCACAGGUGUACGUCUCUCAGUCUGCAGCAGGUUCUGCAGCUCAGAUUCCAGCCUUCUACAUGGACACUAGCCACCUUUUUAGUACCCCUCACCCUCGCUUGGCGCCUCCCUCCCUAGCGCAGCAGCAAGGCUUCCAGCCCGGCCUCUCACAGCCGACAGCAGUCCAGCAGAUUCCCAUCCCUAUCUACGCUCCACUGCAAGGUCAGCCACAACAUCAACACCAACAUCAACAUCAACACCAGCACCAGCAUCAACAUCAACACCAACACCAACAUCAACACACGCACCAGGCUCAGCUAGGACUCAGCACUGGUCCCCCAGUCUCCCAGCCACAGGACCUGUUCAGCUCCUCACUGCAGCCAUACAGGUCUCAGCAGGCAUUUAUGCAGAGCAGCCUGUCACAGCCCUCCAUGAUGCUGUCAGGACCAUCCCUGCACAGCUAUCCCGGCGUGCAGGCACCUGAGCUGGGCAAGCCUCAGUCUAAUCUGACCUAUCAGCAGGCCUCUUCCACCCAACACAUUCCCAUUCUGUUUGAGCCGCAGCUCAACCAGCCCUCUGGCAUGGGAGGCUCCCAGCUCAUUGACACACACCUGCUGCAGUUGUCUUUGGUUCAGGCUCGACAGGGGAUGAGUCAGCAUUCAAACAUGUACUCGGGGCAGGUGCAACAGCAUGGCCAGAGUAGCUACUAUAGCAACACUCAGUCGCCUAGUUCUGCGAUGCAACAGGUGACAGUCCCUCUGCCCAGUUCCCAGUUGUCCCUGCCAAACUUUGGCUCUGGUGGAGGCCAGCCCCUCCUGGCGCUGCCUCCCACUCCUCCCCAGGCCCAGCCCCCCAACAUAAACCGACAGCCCCCGGUCUCCCAGCCUUACCGAGGCAUCAUGGGCCCCAACCACAGCAUGAUGCAGCCUCCAACCAGCAAGAUGGACAUGGAUCUUAAACUCUUUGGCAGUGGAAUGGAUGUAAAGCCCGGAACCCCUCCUAUCGGCGCCAGGAGCACUACACCCACCUCCAGCCAUUACAGGGCCAGCUCCACAUCUCCAAGCAGCCAGUCCAGUAAGAUCAACAGCAUGCUGUACCAGAAGCAGUUUCAGGCUAGCUCUGCUGGCAUGAGAAUGACUCAGCACUUCCCUGGCCAAUUCAACCCACAGAUUUUGUCCCAGCCCAACAUCGUCUCUCCUCUGGUUCGACCUCCUCACGUCAACUCGUUUGCUGGAGGUGUCCAGCGCUCUCCCAUGGGCCCUCCAAUGUCAGCCAAUGUGGGUGGUGGUCUCAUGCCCCAUCCCCGACCUCAGCAUCCGCAGCACAGCCAGCACACUCCCCGAGGACCUCCUGGUCCCUCGCUUGCUCCCAGAGGCACCCAGGCGGCUCUGAAGGCUGAACAGGACCUAAAGGCAAAGCAGCGGGCUGAGGUGCUUCAGUCCACUCAUAAGUUCUUCUCAGAGCAGCAGCAGCUCAAGGCCCCGCAUGUCAGCAAAGUGUCUCGGCUUGAUCAGGUGGGGAAAAACCCCCUCGACAUCUCCGCCCCGAACCACCAGGCAAUAGGCGAGCGCCCAGAUUCUGACAAACCCCCCAUCUCCAUGUCCAUCUCCACGGCCAAGCCCAUACGGACUGGCCCCAUAAAACCGCAGGCCAUCAAACCAGAAGAGGGCAAGUAGAGAGCUGCAGAACCUCUUCAGAUGACAAUAUGAUGGAUGGAAGACAGGAAGAGAGAAUCAAGCCCCAUUCACUCGGUCACCGCCUCAUAUCAGCCCUGGGGAACAAUGUGUGGGAGGACGAUGAGUUGGUUGUAGUGGUUACUGAGGGUAGGCACUGUCCUGCGUAUACAUGAUCCUCUUCCUCUUCUUUCUUCCCCCAUCAUGUCCCACCGUAGUUGGCGGCGUUUGAGUUGAAUUCUUUCAUAUUUAGAUGCCGAUAAAAUGGCUGCACAAGUUGUUCCGUAGAAAUCUACUGAGACAGUAGAUAAGAGGAGCGCUGGAAAGAGAAAAUUGAAAUAUUUGCUGCUGAAUUUGCCUCUUUUUUUUUUUCUUUUUUUUUAUAUAUAUAUAUAUAUAUAGCUCUUGAUUUCUGUUCCUUUUUUAUUUUUACCCCUCAAAUAGGAUCAUGCAUAUUACAGGAGCGACCUGUUUUUGUUAAUGAAAGAAAUCAGUUUUGUUUUUGUAGUCAAAACAAUCUUGUUAAGGAGAGGUCAUUUUAGUGACGACAACUUUUUUUUGUUGGCCGAUCUCCCAUCAUAACUAAUCCAGCAAUAUGUGCACAUGGAAAUGCACCUCAAAACCACCCUCUCUCUCACACACACACACACACACACACACACACAAAUACUCAACGGUUUCAUCCACGGUUACCAGAAAUUCAUUUUAGUUUUACCAGAAUGGAAAUGUGAAAAUUACAGCAGUUGACUGAAAUGAUUUAUUGAUUUAUUGUGAGCCUUUGCUCCUGCCUUCUGCUCUCAUCGCCCUGCCUGAGAAUUGCGUGCGUGUGUGUGUGUGUGUGCUUGUGCGCGUGUGUGGUAUAAACGGGGGAAGCGCGUAGCUGGACUCUCCUGUAUAUUUAGCCAACAGGUUAAAGCAGUGCAGAGAUGAUGUCGCAGCCUUUUAGGAUCGCUGUUGCCGUGGCAGCAGAGUUCAGUUUGGAUUCACAGGAUCACCCGGAUGAUGAAUGAUCACUACAUACAGCUGUUCCAGUUGUCACACACCGCCCUCUCACUGCGUCCUCACCCAUCCUUGGUGUCUCACAAACACACACGUCACUGUAAAGCACCCCGACCUGCUGCUAUUGACUGAUAUCAGUGUCCGUAGCUAAAGGAAAGCAGGAUAUGGCUAUUUAGAGGAGGAAUAGAAACGGUGAGUCGAUUGUUGAAACGGAAAACUUUGAGCGGGUGUAUGUCAACCCUCAAGAGGGAGAACAAGGUGAGAAGCCUCAAGUUCAGAAGUGUUUGGGCAUAAGGACACUUGUUGUUUUAUUGUCUUUACUGAUGGGAGCAAUCAGUGCUGUUUUCUGUCUCUGCCUCAUCUCCGCUGGCUGUCCCACCCACAAUGCUUUCAUCUCGGGGUUGUGGCGACAAGGGUCCUUCAGAAAUGUACAGUAGUAUGCACCCCGAGGCGGGGGGGAGGGCGUCCUCCUCACCGCUACCCUAGCCGGGGGAAGAGUCCUUGCUCUAGAGGAUGGAUGGAUGGAUGAGGAAGGGAGGGAGGGUAAUGAAUUUAUUUUCUUUUCGUUGAACUUGUACAGGGGUUUCAUCGCUGUAUUAAAAUAUGUACGGUCUUAUUUACAUUCUCUUGGUUUGGUUACAGAAACUAAUAAAAUAAUAUACUGUUA